CCUGGGCCCGAGGGCUGCGAGGAGAUCCUCCGAGAGCUCACGCUGGAUGCCCUGCUGGACAUGAACGAGGCCAAGGUGAAGGAGACGCUGCGGCGCUGUGGGGCCAGUGCGGAGGAGUGUGGCCGCCUGCAGUACGCCCUCACCUGCCUGCGGAAGGUGACAGGCCUGGGAAGGGAGCACAAAGAGGACUCGGGCUGGAGUUCGUUGGAUGCCCGGCGGGAAAGUGGCUCAGGGCCUUCCACGGACACCCUCUCACCAGCCAGCCUGCCCUGGCCCCCGGGGAGCGCCCAGCUGGGCAGGAUGGGCAGCAAUGCCCAGGGUCCCCGCUCCGUCUCCGUGUCAGCUCUGCCCACCUCGGACUUCCCCACCCCUGGCCCCAGCGAGGGCCUCACGGACACCUGUAUCCCCCUGCACGCCAGUGGCCGGCUGACCCCCCGUACCCUGCACAGCUUCAUCACCCCCCCAACCACGCCCCAGCUGCGACGGCACACCAAGCUGAAGCCGCCAAGGACGCCACCCCCUCCCAGCCGCAAGGUCUUCCAGCUGCUGCCCAGCUUCCCCACGCUCACCCGGAGCAAGUCCCAUGAGUCUCAGCUGGGGAACCGCAUUGACGAGGUCUCCCCAAGUACUUACUUGACGAGGUUUGAUCUCCCCCACGGCUCCCCACAGAUGGUACGGAGGGACAUCGGGCUCUCGGUGACACACAGGUUCUCCACCAAGUCCUGGCUGUCGCAGAUCUGCCACGUGUGCCAGAAGAGCAUGAUGUUUGGAGUGAAGUGCAAGCAUUGCAGGUUGAAGUGUCAUAACAAGUGCACCAAGGAAGCCCCCGCCUGUCGGAUAUCCUUCCUACCAAUAGCUCGGAUUCGGAGGACGGAAUCUGUCCCUUCGGACAUCAACAACCCGGUGGACAGAGCAGCCGAGCCCCAUUUCGGAACCCUCCCCAAGGCACUGACAAAGAAGGAGCACCCUCCAACCAUGAACCACCUGGACUCCAGCAGCAACCCGUCCUCCACCACGUCCUCCACGCCCUCCUCGCCGGCUCCCUUCCCAACAUCGUCCAACCCGUCCAGUGCCACCACGCCCCCCAACCCCUCACCCGGCCAGCGGGACAGCAGGUUCAACUUCCCAGCUGCCUACUUCAUUCAUCAUAGACAGCAGUUUAUCUUUCCAGACAUUUCCGCAUUUCCACCGGCAGCCCCGUUCCCCGAUGCAGCAGACAGCACCCGGCUCGACGACCAGCCGAAGGCAGACGUGUUGGAGGAUCAUGAAGUAGAGGCCGAGGAGCCGGAGGCCGGCAAGUCAGAGGCGGAAGACGACGAGGACGAGGUGGACGACCUGCCGAGCUCCCGCCGCACCUGGCGGGGCCCCAUCUCCCGCAAGGCCAGCCAGACCAGCGUGUACCUGCAGGAGUGGGACAUCCCCUUCGAGCAGGUGGAGCUGGGCGAGCCCAUCGGGCAGGGCCGCUGGGGCCGCGUGCACCGUGGCCGCUGGCACGGCGAGGUGGCCAUCCGCCUGCUGGAGAUGGACGGCCACAACCAGGACCACCUGAAGCUGUUCAAGAAGGAGGUGAUGAACUACCGGCAGACGCGGCACGAGAACGUGGUGCUCUUCAUGGGGGCCUGCAUGAACCCGCCCCACCUGGCCAUCAUCACCAGCUUCUGCAAGGGGCGGACGUUACACUCGUUUGUGAGGGACCCCAAGACAUCGCUGGACAUCAACAAGACGCGGCAGAUCGCUCAGGAGAUCAUCAAGGGCAUGGGGUACCUGCAUGCCAAGGGCAUCGUGCACAAGGAUCUCAAAUCCAAGAACGUCUUCUAUGACAACGGCAAAGUGGUCAUCACCGACUUUGGGCUGUUCGGGAUGUCGGGCGUGGUCCGAGAGGGACGGUGUGAGAACAAGCUGAAGCUGUCACACGACUGGCUGUGCUACUUGGCUCCUGAGAUCGUGCGCGAGAUGACCCCCGGGAAAGAAGAGGAUCAGCUGCCGUUCUCCAAAGCUGCUGACGUCUAUGCAUUCGGGACCGUUUGGUAUGAGCUGCAAGCAAGAGACUGGCCCUUUAAGAACCAAGCCGCAGAGGCCUUGAUCUGGCAGAUCGGAAGUGGAGAGGGAAUGAAGCGAGUCCUGGCCUCCGCCAGCCUGGGGAAGGAGGUCACGGAGAUCCUGUCCGCCUGCUGGGCUUUCGACCUGCAGGAGAGGCCCAGCUUCACGCUGCUGAUGGACAUGCUGGAGAAACUGCCCAAGCUGAACCGGCGGCUCUCCCACCCCGGGCACUUCUGGAAGUCUGCUGACAUUAACAGCAGCAAAGUUGUACCCCGGUUUGAGAGGUUUGGCUUGGGCGCCCUGGAGGCCAGUAAUCCAAAGAUGUAGCCAGCUGUGCAGUUUCCCCGCUGAUUUCCUCCUUUUUCAAAGUGUUUCUAAAACAUCCACACAACCUCCACCACAAAAAGCAGCACUCGCCGCCGAAACGUCCGCCCGCCGCUCUCCCAAGUGCCGCAAGCCAGGAGCCUGCGUUCUGGGCUCAGCCUGCGUUCUGGGCUCAGACCUGUUUGUGCGCAGAAAACACUCGGGUCUCGGAGA